AUGCCUCCCCAAAUCAUCCACCUGCCCGACGGCCAAAAGUUCACAGUCACCCCCGUUUUCGCCGGCCUCUUCUUCAAGUCCCACGACCUCAACACCCACAACAACCCGUUCCCCAUCGGCUGGACCAUCGUCCUAAACACCGAGGACAACGACCCCGAGCCCUUUGGAGAUGCCGCCGUCAAUGGCGACCGCGGCGACGAUGAGCGCGCCCGCCGGCACAUCCACAGCUUCAAGCAGCCGACGCUGCAAAACGACAACCUCUUCAUCUCGUCCAUCUCUCAGCCCUCGAGCACCGAGUUCAAGCCCGCCGCGAGCCCCACCCGCCAGAUUGCCAUGAUGCUUUGGGUGACCCUGUACUGGUAUUUCCACCAGCCCCGACCUUCUCCCUACCUCGUCACCGAGGCCUCGCGACUCACUCCCGAGGCAGCCCGUCCCAAGGGCGAGUGGCGCAUAAAUAUCAAGCGCGACGGCGUCUUGCGCGGGCGGAACUUGAUACCCAAGUUGGAGCGCAUGGGGUUGAUUGCCUCGCUGGACUCAGCCGUUGGGACGAGGUUGGAGGACAACGGGGAGGAGUGGUCGCAGAUGUUUGUCUCGCGAAAGAUGUUCUGGCAGAUACCCGGUCGCUUGUUCCUGUUCACGCUGCAGAAGACGGGCGGCGGAGGACCAUCAGACUCGCCGACGGGCAGCAGACCGACAUCGCCUGUCCGCGCCGACUCGACCCAUUCACGCCACCACACACCCAUACAUACGCCGCACCAGUCGACCGGCAGCCGCUUCGACGUCGACCUCCCCGGGGGCCCGCCGCCCAUGUCUGCGAUCAUCACGCCCAGCUUCCCCAUCGGCCCGUUCUACUCGAGCUCGCACCUGCCGACGUACUACCCCCCAGCGCCACUGAUGUACACAGUCACAGACGGCGUGCGGCACCCCAUCCGCCCGAAGCCAGGCCGUAUGGGCGAAGUGUUCUACUCCCGCUACAUCCCGAGCGCCGGCCAAUACCUCUCCUUCCGCGUCGCCUCACUCGCCCCGAACGCCGUGCCCUACCUCGGACCAGUGGGCCCAAAGCCGGCGGAGAACCUGCACCUGAUGAGCCUCUCCGACACAGCGCUCCUUCAAAAGUGGCUCUCGAACCCACGAGUGCAAGAGUUCUGGGGCGACUACACGCCGAACUUCCUCGAAAACGCCCUCAGCUCGAAGCACUCAUUCCCCGUCAUUGGCAUGUGGGACGGCAUACCAUUUGGCUACUUUGAGAUAUACUGGGUCAAGGAGGAUAUCCUGGGACAGAAGCUGGGCAACGACGCCGACAACUGGGACCGCGGCAUCCACCUCUUCAUCGGCGAGGAGUGGGCCCGCGGCCGCGUGCCGGCGUGGCUGUCCAGCCUGGUUCACUGGUGUUUAACGGACGACUACCGCACGAUGAAUGUUUGCUUGGAGCCGCGGAUAGACAACACAAGGUUCCUCCGACUACUGGAGAGUGCGGGCUUCGCCAAAGAGCGCGAGAUUGCCUUUUCCCACAAGCAGUCGUACUUUAUGCGGAUGAACAGAGACGCAUGGGACGGCCCGGCGUUGUGA